UUUGAAGCAUUGCGUCAGUGAUUGGCUGAAGACGUAAACAAUGAUUGUUUUGAUUGAAGUGUUGACACAAACUAAGAGAGAAUGCAAUCAUUAAUUAAUUUCAGACAUUAUAUGAAAAUUUCGACUAAAAGUCAUUACCAUAUUAUUGGCCACUCUGUGACCUCGGAAUUGCCGUCAGUUCUACAAAACAAGUGUCCAAACUAUUCAACGAUCACUUAUUUGAACUCAAAUUUAAAUCAAUUAUUACACUCAAGAAAUGGCCGCAAACUUGUGGCCGAAUAUCGGGCCGUUCGGCGAAUUUUGCUCAACAGUCGGACAGUGCAUAGUAUGACCAAUAAACUGAUCCAUUCAUCACUUGUCAAUUCAAGCGACAAUCAAAACCCGAAGAGUCAGCAAAAUAAAUCAAAUGACAGUAAAAAGUCGGAACCGAACCGUAAUUAUGACAAUGAAAACAAAGACGAAGAAGACAACGACGAACCCAAGUCUUCACUUGUGGCUAAAGCCGUGGUUUGGAUGUUAUCCGGAUAUUUGGUUAUAACAAUUAUGUCGUUAUUGUUUCCCAACUCUAAUACACCGGAUGUCUUGAGAUAUGUUUCUUGGAAUGAAUUCCUUCACCAAAUGCUGGCCAAAGGAGAAGUGGAGCAACUGGUGGUGCGUCCAGAGCUUGAUUUGGUUACCAUUUAUUUACACGACGGCGCUAUCAUUAAAGGCAAAAGAGCUGAUCAUAAGACAUAUCACAUGAAUAUCGUAGACGUGGCCUCAUUUGAAAAGCGUCUCCGAGUGGCUGAAAAAUGGCUGUCAGUUAAACCCGAUAAAGCAGUUCCCGUUGUCUAUGAGCGCAAUCAGGAAAGCACUUGGCUUUUACUGGUCUCAUUGGUUGCCGUUUCUCUGAUGAUAUUAAUUAUGUUCCGAAGCGGACAAAUCAAAACUCCCGUUAAUGUGGACUUCUUUUCACAAAUGGGUCGGGCAAAGUUUACUAUGGUUGACCCCUUAACUGGUGGCGGUAAAGGUGUCCGAUUUAAGGAUGUGGCCGGACUUAAGGAAGCGAAAGUGGAAAUCAUGGAAUUUGUUGACUAUUUGAAAGCUCCGGAAAGAUUUCGGGCUUUGGGAGCAAAAGUACCCCGAGGAGUAUUAUUAUUAGGUCCGCCCGGUUGUGGUAAAACAAUGUUAGCCAAAGCAGUGGCUACUGAGGCCAGUGUCCCCUUUCUAGCAAUGAAUGGAUCAGAAUUUAUUGAAAUGAUUGGAGGUUUAGGUGCGGCCCGAGUUCGCGAUCUAUUUAAAGAGGCACGAAAGCGGGCGCCUUGUAUUGUAUACGUUGACGAAAUUGAUGCCAUCGGACGUAAACGAAGUUCAGGCAGUAUUCAGGGUGUAAGCGGUGAAGAGGAACAAACUCUCAAUCAAUUGUUGGUUGAAAUGGACGGAAUGAGUCAAAGAGAGGGAGUUAUUAUGUUGGCCUCAACUAAUAGGGCCGACAUUCUGGACAAAGCAUUGUUAAGACCCGGAAGGUUUGACAGACAUAUUCUCAUAGAUUAUCCAACACUUGAUGAAAGAAAAGACAUAUUUCUACAGCACUUAAAGUCAAUCAAAUUAGAGCUCAAUCCAAAUGAAUAUGCUUUACGUUUAGCACAAUUGACCCCUGCUUUUACUGGAGCUGAUAUUGCAAAUGUUGUUAAUGAAGCCGCACUACACGCGGCACGUGAGGCCAAGAAAUUAGUCAAAGCAGAGAAUUUGGAGUAUGCCGUGGAAAGGGUUGUCGGAGGUACUGAAAAACGAAGUCAAGUCUUAAGCACUCAAGAAAAGAAAUUGAUUGCAUAUCAUGAAUGUGGACACGCAUUGGUUGGAUGGCUAUUACCUCAUACCGACGCUCUGCUCAAAGUAUCAAUAGUGCCGCGAACUAGUAAUGUGUUGGGAUUCUCACGUGUUUUGCCUUCAGAUCAAAAACUAUAUACUUAUGAGCAGUUAUUUCAGCGAAUGUGUAUGGCUUUAGGGGGUCGAGUGGCCGAAGCUAUCAUUUUUAAUAAAGUGACUUCUGGUGCACAAAAUGAUUUGGAGAAAGUGACAAAAAUGGCGUAUUCUAUGAUACAAAGUUAUGGUAUGGAUCAAGUGGUUGGACCACUUAGUUUUGAAAUCAAUCAAGAGAAAGGUUUUGUCGGCAAAAAACCUUUUAGCAAACAAUUGGCAAAUACUAUAGACUUUAGGGCCAGACAUUUGGUGGCUAAUGUUUAUCGAGAAACAGAUACAUUAUUGACAAACAAUAUCGACAAACUAAAGCUAAUGGCGGAUACAUUGCUUCAUAGAGAAGUACUCAACUAUUCAGAUAUUGAACUAUUAAUAGGUCCGCCACCACACGGAAGUAAGAAAACUAUUGAGUUCUUAGACUUGGGUACCACUCCUGAUGUCGAAACAUCGAGGACUACAAAUGAUGAACACAAUCAAAACAGUUCUGAAUCUAAUAAUAAUAAUAUACUCUGUAUAAAAACGACUGAUUUAAAGUAA